UUCUCUUAUUCAUUGGUAACAUUUUUCAUCUUAAAACACAAUAAAAAUCAUUAUUAGCAGUCCUAACGGACAACAAAAUAAUAUAUAUUUAUCAUAUAUGACAAUUUUAUUACGGAACCUCCAGUCAAAUGGGGAAACAUAGUCACCAUAAGAGUACAUCUUUCGUUAAACUUGCUUGGCUUCAAGGGAUCCUAAAUGUAGUUCCAAGGUCUUCACUUAAGUGUUGAGGGUGGGAUUCAUGACAUGAGCUAAGCAGUUCACAAUGAGAGAGUGGUGGCUCCACGUAGGAUUGAUGUGCAUCCCGCUGCUGGCCGUCUACCUGCACAUCCCACCGCCUCAGCUGUCACCUGCCCUCCUGAAGUGGCACAAUGCCGGCCGAGGCUUCACCUUUAGGGGGAAAGAAAUUUUCUACAGAGACUCGCAUGGCGCCUUAGGAAGCGCCGAUAUAGUCCUCCUCCUCCAUGGCUUUCCCACAUCCAGCUACGACUGGAACAAGAUUUGGGAGCCGCUAACUCAGCGCUUCAACCGGGUCAUAGCACUGGACUUCUUGGGCUUCGGAUUCAGCGACAAGCCUCGACCGCACAAGUACUCAAUCUUCGAGCAAGCCAGUGCGGUGGAGGCGCUGGUGGCCCAUUUGGGUCUGGCCAACCAGCGCAUCAACCUGCUGUCACAUGAUUACGGCGAUACAGUAGCCCUAGAGCUGCUAUACAGGAGUGACCUGAACCGCACGGGUCAUUUGACCAUCAACAGCCUUUGCCUCUCCAAUGGAGGUUUGUUCCCAGAAACCCACCACCCUCGCCUGCUGCAGAUGCUUCUCAAGGACUCAUCGUUUUUGGCUCCCGUCCUCAUGCGGCUCACGAACUACAUCAUCUUCCAGAAGGGGAUCGGCGAAGUCUUUGGACCGUACACUCAGCCGACAGACGCGGAGUUCUGGGACAUGUGGACCAGUUUACGCUAUAAUGAUGGCAACCUAGUUUUGGACAGUGUUCUCCAGUACAUCAACCAGAGGUUAAAGCACAGAGAAAGAUGGGUCGGCGCGCUCACUUCCACCUUCGUGCCACUGCACUUGAUAUACGGCCCGCUGGACCCGGUUAACCCCCACCCACAAUUUGUCCGCCUUUACCAGAAGCUGGUACGGAGGUCGACGGUCAGCGUUUUGGACGAGCACAUAAGUCAUUACCCGCAGCUUGAAGACCCUACGGGUUUCCUCAACGCUUAUUUUAACUUCAUUCACUCGUUUUGAACCUGACUGAAGAUGUCAAGAGCCCGAUGAGCAAAUAAAUAGUUUUGUAACAAAGUUUCCCGGAAUGAAUAUUUAUUUCGCUUAACUUUUUCCAGUCCAUUGACGAUGACAGACAUCCAAAAUGAAUCAC